GUUCAGCGUGAAUUAGAUGAGACUAAUAGUGCUCUUGAAAGUCUGGCUCUGAUGUCCCUUGCGGACCACAGAGUCCAACCAACCAACCAUCAGAGCGCACAUUCGCGGGCAGUUUUUCAGACCGACGCUCUUACCAUCUCAUUUACUCUCACGUCUCAACCUUCGAACUCAUAACACCAUCUAAGCUUCGCCAAACAUCUCAUUUUUCUCACUGCAUAGAAAAUAUGACGGCCAUCAAACCCAACAUCCACGUCGUGGCUCCGACAGCGACACAUACACACACAAUCAUAUUUCUCCACGGUCGCGGCAGCACAGCGACUGAGUUCGAGAGUGAAUUUUUCGAAAGCCAGGCCAGCGACGACCGCUUCUUCACUCAAAUCUUCCCGGGCAUCAAAUGGGUCUUCCCCUGUGCAGCUAUGCGACACGCAGAGGUCGACAACGAGGAAAUGUGCCAGUGGUUCGACAUGGCGUCUGUCCAGCGUCCCAACGAGCGCAUGGAACUGCAGGAACAGGGCCUGCAAGAGAGUGUGGAGUUCCUACUACGAGUCUUGAAAGACGAAUCGGCCGAAGUUCCUAUGGAUCGGAUCUUUCUCGGGGGCAUCAGCCAAGGAUGUGCGACGGCUAUCCACGCCCUGUUGCAAAAUGGUGCUCGACUCGGCGGUUUUAUUGGCCUUUGCAGCUGGCUUCCAUUCGAGGAUGCGAUCCAAGAAAUUGUACAAAAGACAUCAUCGCCCACACAACGCAUUAACUCCAUUCGUCAGUUACUCUCCCUAGACCAUGAUACCGAGGAUCCGAUCGUGCUCCAAACGCCGGUAUUUCUCUCACAUUCCGAAGACGACGGGGUAGUGCCUGUCGCGAAUGGCAAAGCACUAUGCGAUGGGUUGAAGGCACUGGGAAUGACGGUGGAGAUGUCAUGUUAUCCGGACGGUGGUCAUUGGGUUAAUGAGCCUAAAGGGGUGGAUGGCAUUGUUGCUUUCAUCGAGAGUGUCAUGGAGCGGUCGGGUUUCUAAUGAUAAAAUCUAGCUUUCUAGGCGUUAUUCCGCUCUUCAUCGUAGCGAGCAGUAAUUGAAACAAAAUAAGAUAAAAGCACAAGACGAAUGAGUGGACGAAAGCCCUCUGUCUAUCACAUGCUUGCUAGUCUAAAAUGCUC